UAUGGAUGGCAUCUGCUAACCCAGGCGUACCCAAACCUAAGCUCAUUAACGCUGCGCCAGUGCCGACUCACCGAACCGGAACUGACCAAGAUUAUCACGGCGUGCGACCGACUAAAACACCUCGACAUAUCGGACAACCAAUGGGUGGGCGCGUCUAUCAAGCAUUUAAGCGCCGGCAUCGAGUCGCUGGUGUGCGGCGAUCUGUCCAACGACGAGUCAUUGGAGCAAAUCCUGGCCAACCUGAUCGCCGGCCCCGGUAGGCACCUGCGCUCACUAACCUUAUCGGGUGCCCUGAGUCCACUCCACGCCCUACAGCACAUGAUAGAGCUCCGGGAGCUUGAGCUACACUAUCACACCGACGACGACGACGAGGGUGUGGGCGCUGGCGGUGUGACGGGCGGUGUGUUGGCCGACAUCGGUCACCUGUGCCUACACGGCCUGGUGUUGGAACAGAUUCGGUGCUACGAUCAACGCUCGGCGGUGGACGAGCGCCAGUUUCAGCUCAUGUUAAAACGCUCGCCUGAGUUGAGACGACUGGCCAUUGUUGGCGAUUACGAGUGGGAUUUGAGGCUCAGCGACAAAUCCAUGCAUCGGCUAACUGUCAUGUGUCCGGCGCUCGAGGAUCUCACCCUAACCGGUAACGGCUUGAUAGGCGACACCGGCAUCGCAUCUCUUAGCGCACUACCACUACAACGGGUGACACUGUCCUCAUUCCAGUCGGUAACGGACGCGUCGAUACAGACACUACUACAGCGCACACCCGUCCGGCACCUGACCCUUACGGACAUGUCGGGCAUUACAGAGAAUCUGGUCGUACGGGCGGUGACCCUAUGCGAGGAGCGCCGGGACCGACACCUGGAUCUCACUCUCUGUACGGCGCAUAUGAACCGCAAAAUGCUGGCCAACCUACCCAUGCCGGGCAAUCUGCGCGUGCGCGUCGACACUGGCCGCAGCAAUAAGCUGGCCGACGAUCAGGAGCCGUCCACUUUCCAAAUGAUGGUGGUCAUAGGGAUGUCGGCCCUGAUACUUUUGAUGGCCCUAUUGACUACCAUAGUGGUGGUGUUGGUUCCCAUGGCGAUGGCGCUCAUGAUGAUUCACGAAUACUUGCGACAGUGUUCCGUGAGUGUACCCGAUGUGAUGGUCACCCUAUUUCAAGUGAAGAGUGCCCUGAGUGGCCAGUGGGCGCUGGCCAGACAGGCCUACGUUAAGCUUAUGUAUACGUGAUAUUUGUGGUAAACACUGUUUUUUAUGUUUUUCAUCUGUGUGUUUUUGUUUGAC